UUUUAUAUCAGACCAAUUCAUCCAUUUUCCUCGAAAUUUUGGUUAACCUAGAGGAAGUCAGCUUCAUGAUUAAGGCUUAGAUAAUUGCAAGCAAGUGUGGUGACAAAUAAUUGGCGUCGUUUGCGAGCUUCAUCGUUUCCUUCCACCUUGCUUUCAAGAGACAACAAACAAAUAUAACUUCGUCAGGAAGCUGAGAUGUCUUCUGAUAACCAAACCCCAGAUCUAGCAUCUGUGAUGAAGAUCUUAGCAGGUCUGACACAAGCUAGAGAUCAACAACAAGCCAAGGACCAACAGCAAACUCAACCUUCUACACAAAUAACUUCAGCCCAAAUACCAGAGAUCAAGUCACAUGGCCCAGCAACCCAACAACAACAACAACAACAAUGGCCUCAAUAUGUAACCCCUCCAGUGGUGCAUCCCGGCCACUCUCAAGCUGUCAAUAACUCAAAGGUAGUUGAUCCAGCUACUAUCAUUGACUGGAGUGCUGGCCUACGAUGUGUUAUGAGGACGGUGGCUAAACACGAUCAUGUACUACAGGAGAUUCGAAAGGUUGGUCACAUACGUUCUAAGUCUAAAUCGUUCUAUAGUGGCUAGCUGUAGAAGUAUUCUACAUGAGCUUACAUAUACGUAGAUGAUUAGAGUGCAACAUGAGCACGAAGAGCAAUGGUGGAAAUCGAGGGAAGCUCUUAUAGAAAAGCAAGGCGCUAGAAAAGAAGGGCAAAGGAAAUUAGAAGAAGUGUUGUGAGUUGUCUUACUGCCUUGGGGGUGAGUUUGAGUAGUGCAACUGAUUGACAUUGAUAUAGGAAAGCAGUAGGUGGCGCCACAUCAAGUGGAGCAUCUAACACCAGCCCCGAGGAGUUGGCACAAGAGCUAGAAACAUUUGAUAUGAAAGUUUACAGAGCCCAGACUCAAAUGGUCAGAGAGAUGAACGGAAAAUUGAGGAAUUUAGGAGUGCCAUUCUUUGGAACGAAGAGUGAGUUGGUUAGAAUCUCUGGAAAAGCUAUUGCAACGAAUGGAACUGGAAUCAACGCAGCGGAGGGGGAGAAAGUCAUGAUUGAUGAGGAUGAUUUGGUGGAGCUGCAAAGAAAGAUGCUUAAUAUCCUGGAAGAUCUCUGUAAUGAUUGAGACGGGGCAACCACAAAUCAUACAUGCAUGUUUCGAGAGAGGGAUUUUUUUGUUGCAUAUCGUCAGGAAGAACUCCUUCCAUGAAAUUUGACCAAAUGGAGGAAUCAGGGGAUAUGAAGCAAGGCAGGAAGGUUUAUUUGCAAACCCGAGUCAUGUCGGCAUCAAUGCCAAGGUCGGAAGUAUUAUUUCAUGCAUAUAUUCACCGUGACGGAAGGUUGCUACGAA